CCUCCUCACCUCUCUCUCUCUCUCUCUCUCUCUCGUCUUUUUUUUUUAUUGCUGAUAACUUAAACCCGCCUGAUGCUCUAGAUUUAUUAGAGAAAAAAAAACCCAGAUUUCCCUAGAAAAACACAGAGUCAAGCCGUAAAAAAAAUACAUAAAAAAAUACAGUGCGUAUCAACUAAUGCGUCAUUCGUGCAACAGACAAAGAAUUCCAAUUUCCUGAUUGACCAACAUCGAUAAUUCAUUCGAUAUUCAAAUUUUACGACGUAUUCACAAUUGAAUGCAUUCAGCAUGGAUGCCUCCGAGGCACAUAUUUAAUUGCAACAUAUUAAAAGUUCCAUUUUGUCAUCGUCGAAACUUUAUAACUCACAUAAAGAUAAUUGCAAUAAAAAAAACACACAACAAUCCUUUAAAUAUGGGGCAAUUUACAUGUUCGAUCCAAAUGUCAGCGUUAACAGUCAAAACACAUGAUGUAUGCACAUAUUUACUCUGUUUCCAUUCCAACGUCCACUACUUUUCUGGUCCAUCUGUGUUCGCUCGAAACGAAAAAAAAAAACCGAAUUGAAUUCAAUGAAUGGUGACAAAAAUGAAUUGUACGCCAUCGUCAUCGGUACAAAUUAAAGCUAACAUAAAUUUGCAUAUCAUACAGAAUGAUGUGCGGCAUAUUUGGUCAAGUGCAAAACGGUACACAAACGAGAGAUCGAAUGAGAGGGAAAAAAAACAAUCUCGUUUGGAUUCGAAUUCAGCGGUCGUAGCAUUGAUUAAAAGCGUGAAUUACUCGCACGAUUGAUCACAGACGAGCAGACGAGUAAGCGAUACGGUCGACACACAAUUUGUUCGAUGUCGAUGCUGUUGUUUCUUUUUCGUUACUAUCGUGUGAAAUGUCCGCAUGAAUUUAAUUAAAUUAAAUUACCUUUUUUAGUCUGAAAGUGACACAUUUGGUUCAAUUUUCCGCUGUUGUUGCUGAUGGAUUUUUUUCCCCCAUCGGAUUGAAAUGAUUAUUCAUUUAUCAAGAGCGUGCACAGACUGGAAAUAAUCAAAAUAGUUCAGAGUUAUUUGUCAAACGGUUUUCAUCAAUCAAAAAAUGAUCACGUUGAAAAGUUCAUUCGCUUGGCGUUUUUUUUUUUUUUUCGUUUUCAUUUUCAUUGGCAUUUCCAAAGAGAGGAAAAAAUAAAAUUCCAGACAAUCAUAUCAGAAAGCUAUUACCUAUUUCCAUUUACGAAAUCAAUGCCACAGGCUGUCAUUAGUGCGUAACGAAAGUAUUAGAUGAGAGAAAACAGAAAAAGGAACAAACGAUUGGAUAUGUAUUAAUCCGAUGAGUGAAAAAGGCUGCUACGGUUUGUAGCAGUUGGUGUGUGUAUGUGUGCACAUCGCAGAGUCACAUUCAAUCCACUUGAAUCAUUUGUUAUCGAUUCACACUCGACUUAAUGCCUUUUCGCAACAUCGAACCAAUUAAAUAUAUUGACUGUUAAUACAAAUUGAUUAGGACUUUAUCGUUGCUCGCCGUUUCGAUGGGUCACUGGCUCUCUUUCUCUCUGUGUGUGCCAAGCGUUCCCUUGUCUCAUGCUAAAAAUCCAUUUUCGAUAGUAGACGUGUGCGAAAGAAAAGAGAUGCAUUAAAUUUAUGACAAUGUAUUUGGAAUGAUGAUUUUUUUCGCUUGCGGUAUAUGUUCACAUGUUUGCGUACAUGUUCAAAGUUGAUUUUUUCAUUCGUGUGCAUUGUUUUUGUUCGCGACGCGCCGCAGCACAGCACACAGCACCGAGAGUAUUCAUGUGCCGAAAUUUGAGACGUAAAUUUUUAAUGUCUGUCGUAUGGCACGAGCAACAAAAAAAUAAUGUGUCAUUGCCAUCAUUUAGGCAUGUGAUAAGUGCUGAAAGCACAAGUAUUUUUUUUUUCAGUCUUCUUCUGUUGCUGUUGCUUGUGUCGAAAAUUAGACUGGCGAUUGUUUCAGUCGCUGUGUUUUUUUUUUUCUUCUUCUUUUGUUCGGUGUUUUUGUUGUCGUCGUCGGCGGCAUCGUGAAUUAUAUAAACAACUUGGAAUGUUGGUUUCGGGUGCUUCUUCUUGAAUUGACUACUGUGUUCCACAUGACUUUCUGUUGCCAUAUUCAAAAACUACACCCGACCAUAUGGUUGCUUGAACUCUGUUUCGCCCGAAUGAAACGAACAAAGUGUGCGCUACAAUGAGACAGAGAGAGAGAGAGAGCAAGGGAGAGCGAGCACGAAAAAAAAAAUGAUAACAUUUUCGCAAAAGUUGUACAUGUGAAGUCUCUCUUAAUAAAGUUAUUUAAACUCUUUGUAAGUGUAUGGCGCCUAAUCUCUCAUUGGGUACGUUGGAUAUUUGCAUUCUCUCUCAUUUUCUGUUUGAAGACGGUGGGUGUGCAUGUGUGCAUGUAUGUGCUACAGAAACAGUUGAUUAUUUGGAAAAUCAUUGCGACGUGCUGUUCGUAGUAGUACCAAUCCGAAGCAAAAAACAACAAAACACACGGCCAACAGAUGAUUUUAAUGUGUAUUCAACGAGUACAUCACAAUGAGAACCAUAUAAUUUUUGCCGACAUUUUACUCGAAUUUUGUAAUUAACAAAAUUGUUCAGCUGAGCCAAAUGCAACUUUUCUAUGUUUUGCAUAUAUAUUCACAUCAAAUCCGCUCUUGCUAUCGCAUACAGACCGUCUGACUGAGAGCAAAGAAUAAGAACGUGAAUAAGCUUCGGCUCUUAGCUGCUGCUGCAGCUCGGUUUGUCGUUUUAUUAUUUGUUCAUUCUGCUCUGUCUCUUGGUGCGCAGCUAAAAUGACAUUUUCAAAUGAUUUUGACAACAAUCCAAUGCCAACAUCUCAAACUCUCGGAAUGUGAAUGCUUGCAUUAAGAUGCAAUCUUCAUUACGUUUAUGCCAAAAAUGCAUUAACACAAUUAACGAAUCGCUAUUUCGAAUUCGAAUUCUGCGGCUGUACAGUGUACACUGUACACGCUUGGAUGGCACUUGUGAAAUGAAAUUCGAAAUAUGUGUGUGUGUGUGUGUGUGUGUGUGUGUGUGUGUGUGUGAGUACAUUGAUGUGAUGGAUGGCAAAUGUGGGAACACACACACAGCCCAAAUCCUUUUUGGCUCAAAUCAAAUCCAUUUUGAUUUCUAGACAGUUGACGAACGGCAACAGCAUCAGCAGAACAAUUUGUCAGUUAAAAUGGAACACUUUUCAAGAAGACACACUCUCUUUGUCUUUCACUGUCGCUCUCUUUCAAUCUUUCGAAAUUAUCGCACAUCCUGAAUGAGACAAGAGAUAAUAUUGGUGUUUGUAAUUUCCGCAUCAUCAUUUUUCAAACACACACAUACAUACAAAAACUCAGUCCACCAAAGUUCAAGUCAUUGUUACCAUUUUAUCGUGGAGAAGUUAUUUUUUGCUUGCGGCUAUUAAAGUUUUUGAAGUCGCAUAUUUUGAUCUCUCUUUCUCUCUGUGUAUACAUUCAUAAGGCAACUCACUUAUAGUCACUUUAUCAUAACGGCUGACAUCGUACGAUAUGCGUCGACCGUAUACGUCAUUGUUGAUAAUCAGUUCGUUUUCGUUGCUUGUCGUUAAAUAAGGCGGUUGAUUCAUUUUGGUUGUUAUUUUCUUCGGCUAUCAACCUCAAUCCAAUACAAAGUGUUACUUAUUGCUAUCGGUAUUUUGGAUUGGUUGUUCAUUUGUCUUUGGCAUUUUCAAUUCUUGCUGUUUUUUGUUAUUGUUUCCGCUUUCAAUGGAAUUGUUAUUUUUCUGUCGUUCUCCUUAUUGUGUAUCGAUUGUUGUGCACUUUUUCUCGGGUCAAAUGGCGUGACGACCUGUGAGUUGUUUUGAUGCACUCGAUAAAUGAGCCAAUAUCGUUAGACUUCACAGCUGAACCAUUUAAACCAGCCAUUGGCAUAAAUUCAAUACAAGCAUAUAAAUUCCCGAACAGUCUUUUCUUCUCUGUUCAUUUUAUUUUCCUAUCCAAGCGAUAGAGUUUAAUUUGUCUUUGACUCGAAUGUGUCAGUCCGACCACAUUUACGCAUCGAACGGUAAAAAUAAACAGCUAUUGACGACAGGAGAAGAACCACACUGAAUCAAGAGAACGAAUGACACCGAAUAAGAAAAACAAAAGCGAGACAAAGAAUGACAUCGUAGCAUAAAUGAAAAAGGCUACACACAAAAUGACAUCCGACACUCGAACUACAACAACAACAAUAACAAACUAUUUAUAUUCAUCUGAUACAUAUAUAUCGAGCGUUGAUCGCGUGUUUGCCGACACCGACGUUUAUAUUCAGUCGGCUGUUUCAUUGCUGCGGUGAAUGAUCUUGUUGUUGUUUGACGUUGGUUUCAAGUCGGCCAGAGUGACAGAGUAAGCAAGUAAUAGUGAGAGCAAGCUAGUUUUUAACGUGUUCAUUUAUCAAUUGUGAACAGUGUUUGUUGCGGACACAAGUGUGACGAAAUCUCUUAAACUUGGUUUAGAUUUAUUGGCCUAGAACGAGUGAAUCAAGUUAAAUGUUUUCAUUCACGCAAGGAAUGUGUUGAUAAUUAUUUGAUCGGCUAAAUACACAAGCGUUCACAUACACACGCGAACCAAUAUCUACGUGAAUAAUAUCGAAACGAGCAUUUCAGAAAGAGAAAGCAAUUUUGAAGCGAGAGAGAGAGGGAGACAGCAGGCGAACAUGUUAUUGUGGUGGAUAUUGAACAGUUCAUUGAUCAGCUUGGUUGCUAUUUCGGCAAAUCCAGCAGAAAAUGCCACCAGCCUAGUAUCGAAUGGUGUACAACGUACAACUGCCCCGACAAUUUUAAAGCCAGUUCAUAACGGAAACGGCAGCACAACACUUGUAAACAUGACAAACAGUGAACCAGUGAACAUCGGCGAUAAAUCGAAGAAUGCUGCCGCUGCGGCUCAGGUCAUUCGUAAUUCGGAGGUUGUGUGUUUCGAUGUUGAUUCGACCGUGAUUCGUGAGGAAGGCAUUGAUGAAUUGGCGCAAUUUUGCGGCAAAGGUCAAGAAGUUGCUCGUUUGACAAAGGAAGCAAUGAAAGGAUCAAUGACAUUCCAAGAAGCGCUGCGAUUACGAUUGAACAUUAUUCAACCGACACAACAGCAAAUUCGAGAGUUCCUCAAAUCACGGCCCAGCACAUUAUCACCGGGAAUUAUGGAGUUUGUUAGCCGCUUGCGUGAUGCCAACAAAACGGUUUAUCUGAUUACCGGCGGAUUUGAUUGUCUCAUCGAACCAGUUGCGGACGAAUUGGGCAUUCCACUCGAUCAUAUGUUUGCCAAUCGAUUGUUCUUCAACUUCAACGGUAAAUACGCUGGCUUUGAUGUGAAUCAACCAACAUCACGGACGGGUGGCAAAGGCGAAGCCAUUAACAUCAUUCGACGAUCACUGGGUCAAAAUGUCAGUGUAACAAUGAUUGGUGAUGGAGCCACUGACCUUGAAGCAGCACCGCCUGCUGACAAUUUCAUCGGCUAUGGUGGAAAUGUGGUGCGUGAAGAAGUACGCAACCGUGCUCAAUAUUAUGUUACCGAUUUUCAACAAUUGUACAAAGACCUGUAACUUCAUCGUAAUACCGUAUUUGGGAUCGCGAUAAGCACACAGAACACACAAACAAACCCAUCUCUAUCGUCUUUCAUUGACAUCAGCUAAAACUUGGUUGACUUCAAGUGUCAAUUGCUUUUUUCUUAUAUAUAUAUAUAUGCACAUAAAUAGUUCUUCUCUGCAGUAGAUAUACGGUACUCUUAAAAUAAUUAUGCAAACAUAGUGAAUAUUAAUGAAAUUAUAAAUCAAUAAUUGUGUUUGAACACUGAAACAAAACAAAACAAAACAAAAAAAAACACCAAGCUGUUACAUUAGAGAAAUGUUUAAUGAUAUUUAUGUUGUUGCUUCUUUUUCUCGUUCAUUGUAAAUAGAACACUUUUCUUUGUUAUUGUAUGUAAAUAUGUUAGAUUUUCAUUUAUGCGAGCGAACGAGCAUGCUUGCGUGCUGGUUGUUGCUCAAAUGUGUGUGCGUCUAUCGUGUGUGUGCGUUGACUGUUUACAAUAAGCAUACACAAAAGCGCAACGCGAAUUUUCGAUUUAUUCUUUUUGUUAUCGCUUCGCUCCGUGUGACUAGAUUGAUAAUAAAGUAGAGGACUUAAGGAAUUUAGAGCUAGGAUCAAAAUACAACACAAUCUGAAAAUAAA